AUGACCACUAACGUUAAUGAAUUUGAAGAGCCUUUCUUAGCCGAUGAACAAAUUCAAAGUGAUUCAAUUAUCUCACCACAGACUUCUUCCAAACUGUCCUCUCCUCUCGAUAGUUUAAAAAUUUCUUCUACCAAAGUACUUGAAAAAAUUACUGAACGAACCCCUUGUCCAAAAUGCGAUAAACCAGUCAAAUACUUUUGUUACUGGUGCUACAUAAUUGUUGGCUGCGAUAGUAGCGAAUUACCAAGAGUGAAGUUACCAAUUAAAAUUGAUGUAAUUAAACAUCAUAAAGAAAAAGUUGGUAAAUCAACGGUUGCUCAUGCAAAAAUAAUAGCUCCGGAUGACGUUGAAAUUAUUUCUUAUUCACAAAUGCCAAAAAUUGAAAACCCGGGCCGUAUGUUAUUACUUUUUCCUGGUCCGAACUCCAAAACAUUACAAGAAAUACCAAGAUCCUCAUUUGAUAAACUCUUAGUAGUAGAUGGUACAUGGCGGCAGGCUUCAAAUAUGGCAAGGACUAAUCCUGAACUGAAAAAUAUUCCCACUAUCGAAGCUCUUUACUAUUUUUUGAAAGAAUAUAAUGAAGUUUAUGAAAUUCCAGAAGAAGCUAUUCAUUCUGAUGUUAGUGGAUAUGAUGGAAGAUAUGACAAUUUGUUAUG